AACAGGAAAGAAGCAUCUUCUUCUUUUUCUCCUUCUUCCUCCUUGCCACCAUUGAUCAUCGCCAUCUCCGUUCCGCCGCCGCCGCCGCCGCCGCCGCCGCCGCCGAUGAUGGAGGAGGACCAAACCAACAUCGUCGUCUUCCCCUUCAUGGCUCAAGGCCACAUCAUCCCCUUCCUCGCCCUCGCCCUUCACCUCGAGAGCAAGCUCAGGCGCCUUCCCAACCUCACCAUCACCUUCCUCAACACCCCUCUCAACAUCGCCAAGCUCCGCUCCUCCCUCCCUCCCUCCACCGCCCUCCGCCUCGUCGAGCUCCCCUUCCGCCCCUCCGACCACGGCCUUCCCCGGACGCCGACAACACCAACGCCUCCCUACCCCCUCGUCGCCCGCCUCCUCCACGCCUCCACCUCCCUCCGAGGGCCCUUCCGCGACCUCCUCCUCGGCCUCGUCGCCGGCGGCCGGAAGCCCCUCUGCGUCAUCGCGGACAUCUUCUUCGGCUGGACCGCCACCGUGUGCCGCGAGCUCGGCAUCUUCCACGCCGUCUUCAGCGGCGCCAGCGGGUUCGGCCUCGCCUGCUACUACUCCCUUUGGGUCAACCUGCCUCACCGGAAGAAGCCAGAUGCCGUCGAGUUCUCGUUGCCGGACUUUCAGGAAGGGUCGCCGGUGCACGUCUCGCAGCUGCCGCUGACCAUCCUCGAGGCCGACGGGACCGACGAGUGGUCGGUGUUCCAGGCUUCGAACCUCUCAGCCUGGGCGGAUUCGAACGGGAUCCUGUUCAACACGGUGGCCGAGUUCGACGGCGUCGGGCUGUCCUACUUCCGGCGGAAGCUCGGCGUGGAGGUCUGGCCGGUGGGGCCCGUCCUCUUGUCCGAGAAAAACCGCCGCUCCACGACGCCUUCGAGGCCGGAUGGCGCGAGCCCGGAGCAGUGCACAGCUUGGCUGGACACGAAGCCUCCAAAGUCAGUGCUCUACGUGUCGUUCGGCUCCAUGAACACCCUCACCGCCCCGCACAUGAUGGAGCUGGCGACCGCGCUGGAGUCCAGCGGCCGCGACUUCCUAUGGGUGGUGAGGCCGCCGGUCGGGCACGACAUAAACGCCGAGUUCGACGCGGGGGCGUGGCUGCCGGAGGGGUUCGAGCGGAGGACCGCAGGGAGGGGGCUGCUGGUGGAGAGGUGGGCGCCGCAGGCGGAGAUACUGGCGCACGGGGCGGUGGCGGCGUUCCUGACGCACUGCGGCUGGAACUCGGUCCUGGAGGCGCUGAGCAACGGGGUACCGCUGCUGGGGUGGCCGAUGGCGGCGGAGCAGUUCUUCAACGCGAGCCUGCUGGAGGGAGGCGGGGUCGGGGCCUGCCUGGAGGUGGCGCGGGGGAGGAGCGGCGAGGUGAGGGCCGAGGCGCUGAGGGAGAAGAUCGAGACGGCGAUGGGGGAGACGGAGAGUGGGAGGGAGAUGAGGAGGCGGGCGAGGGAAGCGAGGGACAUGAUCCAGAGCGCCCUGAGAGACGACGCCGGCGCCGGCGCCGCAGCCAGGGGGUCGUCCGUGCGGGCGCUGGACGAGUUCAUCGACGCCGCGAUGUCGGCGAUGGCGGAGAGCCGAAACGGACCGAAGAUCAGCAACGGGGACGCGUCCAUUCCCAGGGAGCAGAUCUCCACGAGCGUGUAAGGGGACGUGGCGGUUCCAGAUUCACGAGCCAGCAGCGAGGCUCAAAUCAUUUAUAUAUACUCAAUGUAAUCAACUAAUCAUCAAUGAGCGCCAGCUUUCUAGUUAGCUCUCAGUCACAUCGGGCAUGGAAAUCUCUCUCUCCUCCUCCAGGAAUUCUCAAUCCCCUCCUCCUCCUCCAGAGUCUCUUCCGGCAUCAUCGUCUGAAGUCGCUUCUAUGGUCAAAGUCAAUCUUCACUGCUAAAGAUGGGCAUCAGUGAUUGAUCGAUGGGUAUCCAAUAUUUUCCACCGCGAACGCCGGUCCUUUCUUCCUCUCUUCUCUUCUGGAUCUUUGUCGGAUCGUGUUGCCAUCGUUUUCGAGGCUCUAAAAAAUCUCCCUCCUUUUCGACCGCGAAAGCACGUCCAUUUCUGUGUGAAAACAAGAAGGUAUUUUACUUGAUUUUCUUUUUCAA